CGUGUCCUAAUAGUACCUUACUACUUACACCACCUCCUUAACGCUUCCAACGCCCUGAAACGCUCUUUUACCACCAUGAGAGCCACUGGAAGCUACAUCUUGGGGGGUGCGCUACUGACCUUCCUUCCCUCAGCUGCCAACGCGUUCUAUCUUCCUGGCGCAGCACCCCGCAACUAUGAGCUGCGCGAUCCUGUCAAUGUGUAUGUCAAUGCGCUCACUCCCAUGCUCACUGGAAGUGACAACUCAAAGCUGAAAUCCCUCAUAAACUACGACUAUUACAAUCCUCAAUUUCACUUCUGCGAACCCGAUGGGGGUGCCAAGGGCCAGCCCGAGUCGUUGGGAUCGAUAUUGUUUGGCGACCGAAUAUUCACAUCUCCAUAUGAUAUCAAAAUGCUAGAGGCUAAUGGUACUUGUCAAAUGCUGUGUAGCACUGAAAUACCUGGAGAAGACGCUAAAUUCAUCAAUGAGCGGAUCCGUGAGGAUUAUGCUCUCAACUGGCUGGUGGAUGGUCUGCCAGCUGCAGAAAUGAAGAAAGACACCAAGACUGGGGACCUCUUCUUCGACAUGGGGUUUAACCUUGGGAAUGAUGACGAUGAUGUUCCCUACCUAAACAACCAUUAUGAGAUUGUUCUGAGAUAUCACGAGCCGUCACCUGGAGUGUACCGCGUUGUCGGAGUCCUGGUAUGGCCAUCUAGCCGCGGCGGGGCUCAAGAAGAUACAAGUACACCGAACUGUGAUGCCGAAGUUCAGAAGUUGAGUCUAUCUGAAACCGAAGGAAACAAAGUACGGUAUACCUACCGAGUAACUUGGGACGAAUCCGACACGCCAUGGGCCACUCGAUGGGACAACUAUCUCCAUAUUUUUGACCCCCGGAUACAUUGGUUCAGCCUCAUCAACUCAAUUAUCAUCGUCGUUUUCCUUUGUGUUAUGGUAGCCAUGAUUCUGUGGCGCACUGUCUCUAGAGAUGUGACUUUUUUUAGCAUCAUUGACAUAUACUCCAAGCUGACGUCCACGCAGAUUUCACGAUACAAUGCAAUUGAUCUUAGUGAAGAUGUUCAAGAAGACUGGGGCUGGAAGCUCGUACAUGGAGAAGUUUUCCGCGCGCCCAGUUACUCAAUGGUGCUCUCCGUUAUGGUAGGAAAUGGUGCUCAGUUGUGCGCCAUGUGCGCCGUUACCCUUGUCUUUGCAUUGCUGGGCUUCCUCUCGCCUUCAAACCGUGGUUCUCUUGCCACUGUCAUGAUGGUGUGCUGGACCCUUUUCGGAGGGAUCGGAGGUUAUUAUUCGAGUAGAAUAUAUGCAUCGCUUGGUGGCCUUGAUCACAGAAAGAAUGCGUUUCUUACAGCCACCAUUCUCCCGACGCUGGUGUUCAUAGUAAUCUUCUUGUUGAACUUUUUCCUUCUCGUUGCUGGCUCCUCAGGAGCCGUUCCAUUUUCCACUAUGCUCUUGAUCGUUGUCCUCUGGUUUGGAAUUUCUGCUCCGCUAUCUUCGAUUGGAUCAUACAUUGGGUCAAGGCAAGGGGGCGUGUCACACCCUGUCAGAGUCAAUCAAAUACCCCGUCAGAUCCCACCAGUUCCCAGACACCUUCGACCAUGGGCCUCCGCGCUACUCGCAGGCAUCCUGCCAUUUGGGGCUGCGUUCGUGGAACUAUACUUUGUCAUGUCUAGCCUCUUCGCAUCUCGCGCCUACUAUGCAUUUGGGUUCCUCGCGCUAACAGCAGGAGUUGUCGCACUCACCACUGGAACCGUGACAAUCUUGUUCACAUAUUUCAACCUCUGCGCUGAAGAGUAUCGGUGGCACUGGCGUGCCUUCUUAACUGGCGGUGGAAGUGCAUUUUGGAUCUUGGCCUAUGGACUCUUCUACUGGUUAUCCCGACUUUCGCUGGACUCUCUUUCAAGCGUCACGUUAUACCUCGGGUAUUUGUUCUUGAUUUGCCUUUUCGACUUUCUUGUCACCGGGACCAUUGGAUUCCUCGCUUCGUACUGGGCUGUGCGGCGCUUGUACAGUGCAAUUCGUGUGGACUGAUGCAGCAAAGGUUCAGUUACAUGUAAUUAGAGAUGACGGUAUGAUGGACAAUGCGAGGUCUGGUUCCCUGAAAUACUCAAUUCCAAAAGUGGCGCCACUUGAUGUGAAGGCAAGCCGCAAUGGGCAUAUAUCUCAGUUUAUCAGCAUCAUGUGCCUUCUUACGAUGAUUACGAUCGCUUUUGUUAUUGCAAUACGACAACUUCCCAGGCACAAGUAUGAAGCAAAACAGCAUUCAUUCACGGAGUAUGUAU